AUGAAGACAUUAUUCAAGUCUCAAGAUCUGUGGGACUUGGUUAAGAAUGGAUUUGCUGAUCCAGAUGAAGAGGCCAGGCUAAGAGAGAACAAGAAGAAAGACUCGAAAGCAUUAUUCUUCAUUCAACAAGCAGUAAUCACGGUGAAACUUCAAACUCUUCGCCAAUAUUUUGAAACCUUGCAUAUGAAAAGUGGAGAGUCAAUGCAAGAGUUUUUGUCUAGAGUAGCUGCAAUUGUUAAUCAAAUAAGGUCCUAUGCAAAAAAGAUUUCUGAUCAAACCAUAGUUGCAAAAGUGUUACGGAGUUUGACUCCAAAGUUUGAUCAUGUAGUAGCAGCUAUAGAAAAAUCCAAAGACUUAGCUAUGUACUCAUUUGAUGAAUUGACGGGGUCACUGCAAUCCCAUGAGGCAAGACUGAACAGGUUAGAUGAGAAGAAUGAAAAAAAGGCUUUUCAUGUGAAGGGGGAGGCAUCACACCAAAAAAAUGAGCAAAGAGAAGCAAGCAGUAGAGGACGUGGCAGAGGUGGAUUUCAUGGAAGAGGUGGUCACGGCAGAGGACGAGGACGAGGUGAUGAGCACCAAAAUCAAAAACAGCAGCAUAGAGGCAACAAAAGUGGUGUUAAAUGCUACUACUGUAACCAGUUUGGGCAUAUAAAAGCUAACUACUGGAAAAGAAAAAAAUAA